UAAUUUAGUUUACAAAAUGAAUUUAACGGGCAAAGUUGUACUAAUAACUGGUGCAAGCUCAGGAAUUGGAGCUGCAACUGCAGAAAUUUUUGCUAAAAAUGGUGCCAACAUAGUUAUAGUGGGUCGUAAUGUGGACAAUCUUAAGGCCACCGAAAUAAAAUGCAAAGCAGCCAACAAAAAUGUUAAUUGUUUGCCCAUUGUUGCCGAUGUUACCACAGAUGCUGCGAAAAUUAUCAAUGAAACUAUUGGCAAAUUUCAACGCUUAGAUGUUUUAGUCAACAAUGCCGGUAUAUUAGCAGCGGGUGGUCUUCUUGAUAUUGAUGUAGAUCAAUUUGAUCGCAUAUUAAACACAAACUUGCGUGCUGUAUUCGUACUAACCAAAUUGGCAGGACCUCUUUUGAUAAAAAGUCAAGGUAGCAUAAUAAAUGUGUCCAGUGUAGCCGGUCUACGUUCAUUUGCUGGAGCAUUAAGCUAUGGUGUUUCGAAAGCUGCUCUAGAUCAAUUUACAAAAUGUGUUGCCCUAGAAAUGGCUCCAAAGAAUGUGCGAGUCAAUGCAGUCAAUCCGGGUGUGGUAGUAACUGAUAUCCAUAAACGAGGUGGUAUGUCCGAGGAGGAAUAUGCUCAAUAUCUGGAACGUUGCAAAGACACCCACGCCAUGGGCAGAGUGGGUAACGUGUACGAAGUGGCUGAAACAAUAGCAUUUUUGGCUAGCAGUAAUGCUAGUUUUAUUACCGGUGCUUGCGUACCAAUCGAUGGCGGCAAACAUGCCAUGUGUCCACGAUAAGCACUCAAUACAUUUAAAAUUAAUUAACAUUGUUGUUAAACAAUUUAUUUUACGUAUACAUAUUUGUAAUAAAUACAUAAGA